UUUGCUGAUCAAGCAAUGAACAGCUUUAUAUAGUAGCUGCUAUCUAACUUAUCACAGAUCAUUGAUCCUUCUAUACAGUGAAAAUGGGAAAGAUCACCUUCUAUGAAGACAAGAACUUCAAGGGCCGCUCCUAUGAGUGUAGCAGCGACAAUAAUGACCUGCACUCUCAUGUGAGCCGCUGCAACUCUAUCAAAGUUGAUAAUGGCUCUUGGAUGAUUUACGAGCAGGCCAACAACAAAGGCCAUCAAUAUUUUCUCAAAAGAGGAGAAUAUCCUGACUAUCAACACUGGAUGGGAUUUAAUGAUACCAUCAGUUCUUGUCAUAUGAUUCCACUGCAUACAGGAUCAUUUUUGAUCAAACUGUAUGAAAAGGAAGACCUCAGGGGACAAGUGGUGGAAUUCACAGAAGAUCGUCCACAUAUCUAUCAAGAUUUCAAUUAUCGUGAAAUCCAUUCUUGCAAUAUUAUUGAAGGUCAUUGGAUUUUCUAUGAGGAACCCAACUACAAAGGACGUCAGUAUUAUCUGAGACCUGGAGAGUACAGGAGUUUCAGUGAUUGGGGAGCAGUAAACGCAAGAGUUGGAUCCAUAAGAAGAGUACAAGAUUUUUAUUAAACUUAAAUAAAAUGUAUCACUGUAUCUCUCCAUAAAAUCUAAACAUAAUUGCUGAUAAACUUC